CAGCAUAAGAAAACACGGGUCAACACUCUCGACCGACCAGUGCUUGACUAGAGUUGCCACGCGUCGACCUUCUUUGCUUUGCGCAUAUAUUUGUCGAGCUGCAUCACAAAAAUGUUACUUAAAACAUGUAACGGCCUCCAUGCGGCCGGACCCCGCAAGCGACGCGAAAUUGCAUGCGGCGCUGCGAAGGGCGCCAAGGGCGCCAAGCCCAAAACAGCAGGGAAAGGAUUUGGGUCGGGCACGCAAGCCACUUCGCCGGUGCCGCUAGCGAAACGGAAGGGAAUGGCGGUGCAGUGGCUGGACGACCUCGAGCCAAUCGUGUUGGAGCCCAACUCCGACAUCGGCCCCAACACCCGCGACAAAAUGCUGUACUAUAUGAACCUAACGGAGGAGCUGUGUGGUCGCACGCCCAAACUCCUGGACUGGGCCUGGGCCAAAGCCAUGGAGGAGCGGCAGCGUGAGGCCCUGGCCAGCCCCGUGCUGCUGCUACAGCCCGACAGCAGCAGUAGCAGCAACAACAAUGGCAGUAGCAGCAACAGCGGCAGUAGCAGCGGGUCUCAGGGGCAGCAAGGGCAGGGAGGCACUGCGGUGCAUCUGUUGGACGUGACGCAUGACGACUUCGCGAACCCGGCGCUGCUGGCGGCGGUGUGGCGGCAGCUGCAGCCAGAUGCCGUGGCACUGGACGUGCAGGCGCCCUACAUCAAGUCCUUCACCCGUAUGGCCAAGGCCCUUCCGCCCGGUCUGAUGGACAAGCUCACUUCCGCGCCCCUGACCUCGCUUUCCGCGGCCCUCAACCAUGGCGACGAUUUUGAUCGGCUGCGCUGGCACCACGCCAUCCUGUCUGUGAGCAGCUCGGGUGGAUCACCCAUCGACUUGGACGAGGCGACCCUAGUCAACGUGUUCGCAAACAGGGACCUGCACCUGAGUGAGCCGAUCGCGGCGGCGGCGCUGGCGGCGGCGGCGGGCCCUGGAUCCAACGUGAUGGUGCACGGGGUAGACGUGGAGGACGACGCCAUGCUCAGCGCCCUGGAUGAGGAUGAGUUCUGGAGCGACGCCGACACCGCCGGCUACCACAAGCGGCUGAUGGCGGCGGCGGAGCCACAGCUGCGCGCGGCCGUCAACACCUGGCUGCAGGGCAUUCCCUCUGGCACCACCGCCACCCUGCCCCGCCAGCGCUUCGUGCUCACGCGGCUGGAGGCGGCGCUCACCCCCGACCAGCAGCGGGCGUUCCAGGCGGCCGACGUGGAGUGGCGGCGCGGCCACAAGGAGCCGCGGGUGCGCGAGCAGCAGGCGCUGCGGGAGCAGCAGGCGGCGCACAUGGCGGCCCGGAUUGCGGACGUGGCGGCGGGGCGGAUAGGCGGCCGCCGCUGCAGCCGCGUGCUGGCGGUGCUGGGGGGCGGGCACGCGGCGCGGGUGCGGGCGCUGCUGCAGGCGCAGCAGGCGCGGUAGAAUACGGGGGGCGCAGGUGUGGGGGUGCGAUGGGGGAGGGGUUGGACUAACGGGUUGGGUCGUUGGAGUGGAGCGGUAGCAGGGGUGGUGGCAGGCGCAGCGUUUAGGACGGACGAAAGGGCGUCGGCCGUGGGGUUCAGCCGUUCAGGACUUCGGGCCGGUGGCGGGUGGCAGAGCAUGCUUCAGACACGAAGGCAGGGGCAGGGGCAGGGGCAAGCACAGGUGGCUGCAAAGUGCCGUAGUAGGAAUUAAUAGCUACGAGCCUGCGACGCUGCGUGCGUAUCAGGUUUGCCUCAAUGGCCUGGGACAGGAACUCAGGAAGAUUCGGGACAGCGCCUGCUCAAAAGCCCAGGAGCCGGGCCGAGCUGAAGCACUGCGCCUUCUCGAAAGCCCGGAAAGCACAGCAGCAUUGGGUUGAGGCAAACCCAGCUCGGCCAACUGGCAGCUGCUGAGCUGACGUCUGUCGAGCAGGGGUGUAAGGGCGUGGAGCA